CACACCACCAGCAUUCCUCACUUCUCCCCAAACCCAAACCCUCGCCGCCACCCUCCACCGGCGGCCAUGGGCGACCAGCAAUUUAUCAUCGGCACCCCCAUGAGCGAGAUGCUCGCCGGCAUGGAGCUAGACGGCAAGGACCCUGCGACGCUCGAACUCGGUUCAAACUAUGUGCUCCACUUCCUGUACGGCUACCUCCCGGCCCCGCCCGUCUCCCCCACCGCCACCCGCUCGCUCUCCGGCGUGCCGCGGGUCCCCGACGGCGUCGACCGCAUCAGCCGCCUCCCCCAUGCGGUCCUCGUCGAAAUCCUCUCCCGCCUCCCUGCCAAGGACGCCGCGCGCACCGCCGCCCUCGCCUCGCGCUGGCGCCCCCUCUGGCGCAUGGCGCCACUCUCCCUUGUCGACAGCCACCUGCUUCCGGACGGCGGCGCGGCCGGGCAGUUUCCCAUCGGCGUUCCCUCUCCCCGUGCCGUCACCGCCGCGGUGUCCCUCAUCCUCGAGGCGCAUCCGGGGCCCUUCCGCUGCGUCCACCUCACCCGCAGCACCAUGGAGGAGCAUCGGGGCGAGAUAUCGCGCUGGCUCGACAUCCUCGUCGCCAAGGGGGUCCAAGAACUCGUCUUUGUCAACCGCCCUUGGCCAAUGGACCUGCGCCUCCCCGCCACGAUCUUCAGCUGCUCCACCCUCACCCGCCUCUACCUCGGCGUCUGGAGGCUCCCGGACACCGCCGCCGUGCCGCGCGGCGCCAGAUUCCCCAACCUCAAGGAGCUCGGCCUAUGCAUGACUGUCAUGGAGGACCGUGAUCUGGCAUUCAUGCUUGAAAGAAGCCCCGUCCUGGAGUUCCUCGUAAUCAUGGGGAGCCAGACCGGAGUGCGCCUCCGCCUCGUCAGCCAGAGACUGCGCUGCGUUCAGCUUGGCCAUGCCUUAUUGGAGUACAUCGACGUGGCGGAUGCCCCUAGCCUGGAGAGGCUCUUCCUUUCGGAAAUUGUCCCCCCUGGCAAGCUCAGGUCCUUCAGGAAGAGGAACAACGACAACGGCUCUUCCAUGAUCAAGAUUGGGCGUGCACCUAACCUCCGUGUGCUGGGAUACAUUCAGCCAGGACAGCAAGAGUUGGGGAUUAUCAACACCGACGUCGUGGCAGGUAGCAAGGAGAAGAUUGUCCCUAGUGUCAAGAUUUUGGCCAUGGAGGUGCAGUUCGGUGACCGCAAUGCUGUCAAGAAAGUGCCCGGCUUUCUCCGAUAUUUCCCCAACCUGGAGACGCUCCAUGUCUAUUCCCCUACCAUAUCUGAAGAAUCCACUAGCAAGGUCAGUCCCAAGUUCUGGCAGGAGGGCGGUCCCAUCAAAUGUGUGGUGCAGAGCAUGAAGAAGGUGUUCAUCUACGAGUUCCAUGGGUCGAGAAGCGAGGUUGCUUUCCUCAAGUUCAUCGCAGAGACCGGUCGGGUGCUGGAGCAUAUGGUGCUUUUGGUGGCCAACGAAUGUUUCUCCUCUGGCGAUGAUAAUGUGAGGGCCAAGCUGAAGCCUCUGGCGAGCGUGAAAUGGAACAACCAGGCUUGCAAAGUACAGCUCUUCAAGAGCCGGCGCACUAACCCUGGAGGUCCUGUUUACAGCAACAAGAUAGCUUCUGACUUUGGGUUUGCUGACCCUUUUGACCUCCUCGGGCACUACUAGAAAGCAGAAGGAUCUCUGUAAGUUAGUUAAAUCACCUUUGCUUGCAGCCUAGUUGUUACCUAGCUAGACUUUGUUUUGUCGGACCUGGCGGCAACUGAAAAACCUGCAUUUCUCUUGGCAAGCUGUGGUAUGCUUUC